UAUCCUGUGGGCGGUGUCAUUGUUUGACGAGAGACACUUGUCCCGUUUUUAACCCAACAUGCUGGGCUGGGGAAAGAGGAGUUUUAAACCCUAAACAUAAACCGCCCCAGAAAAAAAAACACCUGGCAUAAAACGGAAUAAAAACAAAACAAAGAGAGAGAAAAAGAAACCAAUAAUGGAAAUGCUCAGCUGUUUCUGCGGAGAGAGAGAAACAGGCAAUGGUUCAGGCUUUGCAUCUAAACUCCGGCCCCUUGUCUCAGGAUUCAGAAGACUUGACUUCCCCUCAGCGUAGCUGUGUCUGCUGGAUUCUACCUAUUUCGUUCGUAGCGAAACUCGUGUCCAUCCGAAAUUUGGAAUUGUUCAUUGUCUGUUUGCGAGUGAAAUUCCGAGCUCCUACCAUCUUCCCCUUUAUACUCACAAAGUGGAUUCUCUCACUAAUAACCAACCGAUUCCAACUGAACCAACAACAGCCCCCACCAGAUCAGUGAACAACUGCAAGAGAACGAGGACUAUUCUUCACCAUGGCCAACCCGACAGGAUUGACACCUGAAGCUGACAUCACUCUUACGCAGAGGGGUUGGUCCUCGGGAUGGAGUUCCUAUAUAUCGGUUCCAACAAGCAUUGAAUCUGCAGGUGGUGCCAACCUCACAGAUGCCAACAACACACGUGAAUGCGAGUACAGUGCCAACUUCCAGUACAUCAUGUUUCCCAUGGUUUACAGUGUUGUGUUCGUCAUUGGCACAGUGUCCAACUGCUGUGUGCUCUGGUAUCUCUUCAGGAAGAAGGACACUUUCACUCCCUCUAAUGUGUUCAUGGUCAACCUGGCCCUGAUAGACCUCAUCUUUGCUGCCCUGCUUCCAUUCAAAGUUGCCUAUCAUGCCUUGGAGAAUGACUGGGUCUUCGGGGACCUGGUGUGUAAAAUCACCGGCUCCUUAUUCUUUGCCAAUAUGUACGGUAGCACUUUGUUCCUCACCUGCAUCUGCGUGGAUCGCUACAUCGCUGUGGUCCAUCCCAUCAGAUCACUGCAGCUCCGUAGGACUCGCUAUGGCGUGCUCAUUUGUUGCCUCAUCUGGCUGCUUCUGGCCGCCAGCCUUCUCUACUUGACCAUUGGACAACCUUUGACCAGCAAGUUCCCUGACGGCAAGACGGCCUGCCUGGAGAAUUACUCUAUGAGCACCUGGAGUGAACACAUCUCUGGGAUCAGCAUCACUGCUGCAGUCAUUGGGUUCUUCAUUCCGUUAGUGGUGAUCAUAAUCUGCUACCCCCUCAUUGCCAGAAAGCUGCUGGAACACAAAACCGGCACAGACACGGUGCAUGUGGUGAAGAGGAAAGCCCUCCGUAUGGUGCUCCUGGUGCUGGUGGUCUUCAUCAUUUGUUUUGUCCCUUAUCACCUCAUCCAACUCAUCCACACCCUCAGGCGCAUCAAGGUUCUAUGCAGCUGCCGACUCAUCCAGUUCACCUACUCGGCCCGGCGAGUCACCAUGGCCCUGGCCAGCCUCAACAGCUGCCUGGACCCCUUGAUCUAUUCAUUCGCGAGUGACACCUUCAAGUGGAGAAGGUUGUGCUGUGGGGAGAAGCCUCUACUUAACAUUGCCUUUCGAACUAAGCCAUCAACAGUUGGAGCAAGUAGUGGCCAGACCAUUCCCUAAAGGCAUCAGUGAACUAGAUGAGUUUUUAAUGACAAUUAACAAUGGCUUCAUUGUUAGACUUUUCAUUUCAGACUUCUUAUUGAGUUCAAAUUUCACCAUCUACCAUGGUGGGAUGUGAACCCAGGUCCCCAGAACAUUAACCUGGGUCCCUGGAUUACCAAUCCAGCGACAACACGAGUGGGAUGAUGUCAAAAGCACAGUGAACCUGCCAAACAGAUAAGGCUGAAUGUCUCUGAGUGCAUUAAAGAAUUGAAGUAGAACCUUCUUUCAGUAUUACCUCACCUGUUUUAUUAAGUGCUGCAGGCCAGAAAGAACAAAAGCUUGGCACAUAGGACUGUCAAUAGCUAUGUUUCCACGACACAUGCCUUAGCCUCACAGUCAUCUGUCACAACCAGGUUUGGAUCUUUCCAACAUGAGCUGAUCUUCAAUCUCACUGCCUCGAGGAAAUGGGGCAAGGGGAAAUCUGAUUGUCUCUGCCCACUUGUUGCCCAAUUAGAAACUUUCAGGGAAUAGGAAGGCAACUCAAAAUUAACCUAGGGAAGAGAUUUGAACAGAGGGCAGGUGGGUGAGCAAGGAUGAAAUUAUGGAGGGUCCUUGGAACAAAAUCACAACUUCUAACCAAAGGCAUUUGGGUAAUAUAAUUCUCAAUUAAAUGGCUGUUUAUGUACUUUAUUAAUUCUUGCUUGUACCAAAUAAAGUCAUAGUUAUUACCAAAA